CACUUACCGCUGCUUUCUGCACCUUUAAAGAACCCUGGAACAUGUAGGGAACCUCUGCGUAACCAACAACAACAACAACAACAACCAGCCACACAGUGACAGCACACAAACCACAUCCAGCAGCGCGGAUCCACGCCCUCCAUCUCUCUCUUUAUGUCUCCAAAAAAAGUGGUUUUAACGCGCGGAGCCGGUGCACCGAGAGUCCUGUGUGGUUGUUUGUCCCGCAUAGAGGAGCUCUGCUGCAGCAGGCCGGUAAACUUUAUUAAUAAAGCUCUAGGGGGGAGAGAUGAGGGCUUUUAUUCUCCCACCCUCUCAUCUCUAAAACGGCCAGCAGCUCCGCACCACUGUCAACUAACUUCCUGCAUGCGGCUGUAGGUUCAACGGGGUUUCGGGGCUGAGCGGCCGCCGCUGCCGUCCAUGCGUGAUCCCCUGCUCUCCCCUCCGUGGAUGGUGCGGAAUAAUAUCAUCUGGAGAGGCCGAGGCCGACAUUUUACCCCGGUCCGGAGGAGCCUUAACUCCGAGGGGACAUCCGAGGACACGCGUUGAGGCUGAGAGAUUGCGACAUGUGAAAAGAGCUCGACCCCUUCACCUUCUCAACUAUCAACCCUAGCAGAACUCACUUAAGCUGACGUUGUGACCGCGACCUGACACCCUCCUGCCUCGGGCAUGCCUCAGCCGGGUAUGAACGGGAUGGAGCCUGCGUUUGGCGAGGCCUACGGGGGACACAGGGGUCUUCUGAGCCCCUACCCCCUGGCCAUGUCGCCACAGGGGGGCAGGACUGAGUUUGAUCAGAGUGUGCUCCUUAUGCUGGGCUCCCCAGCAUCGCCAAGGAAACGGCCCUUUGAGUUGCUAAGCGACCUGGUGGACGACGGAGGCUUUGGCGAGGACCUUCACCCGGAGCGCUGGGAUGUGUCUGCGCUGGACGAGAUGGCUCGCUACACCAAGCUCGGUCUGGGGGUCGGGGGGGAGCUGCUGGCCUGCUCCGAGGAGGCGGUCCUGAUCGGCCGCUGGGGGAGGAGCCGGGAGGAGCAGGAGGAGGAAGAGGAAGAGGAGAGGAGGAGGAGCAGACAGGCAUCCCCUCCUGUCACCCAGGAAGUCCAGGGGCCUGCUGCAGCUGCAGGGGAAAAGGAGGGGCAUGUCUCUGUUGCCACGACAACAGAGAGGGAGUUAUGUGUUGCAGGAAGGGCGGCAGGAGGAGGACAGGAUGGGGGGAUGUCACGGGAGCGCACGGUGGAGGUGUAUCAGGUGGCGCAGGAGGAAGAGGAAGUGGUGGCGGCGGCAGCGGCGGCUGGGCUGGCUCUGGAGCACUGUAGCGAGGAGCACAACUACUCCCUGAGCCAGGGGGGCGAGCUGGGGGCAGGACCUGGUCACAGCUCCCAGUCAGAGGAGGUGCAGGAGGUGGAGACACAGCAGGAGAUGCACAGGGAGGAAAACCAGGCUAAGACUGAGCUGGAGGAAGAGGACGAGGAGCAGGAGGAGGAGGAAGAGGAGGAGGAGGAAGGAGAGGAGGGAGCAGAGGAGACGGCGGUGGAGGCCGAACUCUCAAGUUCCUCAGAAACUGAAUGUGAGGUGGAGGCGGAGCCAGCCAGGCAGCCAGGCGAGCGUCCAUCGAAGCGUCGCUGUUUCUGGGAGUACAGACGCGCUCGGGAGUCGGCCACGAAGAAGAAGCUGGGUGGUGACGUCCACUGGUCCCUGUCCUGGAGCUCCAGCACUCUACCCAGCACACUGUACCGCAGAGAGGGCAAAAAAGGGCGCCGCAAAGCACGCAAAACCGACGCCAGCGACCUGACACCGAACCCCCAGAAGCUCCACAACAUCGGGGAGCAGUUGCAGAAGCUCAACACUGCCAUCGAUGGCAUGGGUCCAGUCAACGACCUGCCUGCCGUGGCCCGAGCCCGGUCCCGCAAGGAGAAGAACAAGCUGGCCUCGAGGGCCUGUCGGCUGAAGAAGAAGGCCCAGCAUGAAGCCAACAAGAUCAAGCUCUGGGGGCUCAACCAGGAGUACGAAAACCUGUUGGGGGCACUGCUGAGGAUCAAGGAGGUGAUCAGACGACGCGUGGAGAGCAGCGAGGAAGAGGACACAGACGAACGAGGGAUGACCCAACGCCUGGAAGGCAUCCUCAGGGAGUCCAGCGGUCCCUUAGUUGCUGGGCGGACCAAAGACUUUGUGCAGAGGAUUUUGGCAGCGAGCGCUGGCGGUCAGAACCAGCGUAAAGAUCCCCAGCAGGGAGGAGACGAGGCAGCGGGGUAAACCUCAUCCAGGUCCCGUCUUCUUCCACGCCCUCCCCUCCCAGCACCACCAACAUGACCAGACCGAGCUUCUGCACGCCGUCUCCACUCACACCGAGAGUGACGAGACGGAGAGGUGGAGAGGCUGGGGAAUAAGAAGAGGAAGGAGUAGCCUAAACAAAAUGGUGGUAAAUUGCCACCUUUCUCCUGGUCCUCUCCAAACAGCAGCUGUCUUCACCGCUCUGUCUCUGCAGGCUGCACCACAACCACCGCCAGGCCAGAGCUGCUGCUGCUGCUGCUGCUGCUGCUGACGUCUCUGUGUUCCGUGUUCUGUCUGUGCGUGCGUGCGUGUAACAUACUGUAUGAGCGUGCAUAGUGUUCCUCUUUCCCUCCGUGUGCUGUAUUUGUAUCCCAUUGUGCCUAUGAAUAGACAUUGCACUGUUUUGUAGAUGGUCGUAGUUGUCGGCAGGGGACCGGUAGUGAGCCGAGGGUGAGGGGGCAUUUGAGGAUAGAGGAAGUUCUAAAAUAAGGAAGUGGGAGGAGCCCGAGCCUGGAAAACAAAGAAGCGGGUGUGGGUUUUUUUCGUUUGGCUGGGCUCCUGCAGAAGCACUGCAUACCAUUUGGAUUGCAUUGGCAUCUGAAAUGUCAGUAAGUGUUGCGACACACAACAAAUACACAACAGCCUGCUGCUUGUUGCGGAAAAGUCCUUGGAGCUUUAAUAGACCCCCAACCACCCCUUCUUUAACAUCCCCUUCACCCCCAUCAAAAUGUAAGCAAAGUUUAAAAACGAAAGAGAAAACUGCACCUUAAUUCAAACUGACCAAAGAUGUUGCUGAACCACUCGGACACCAAAACCUCUCACUGCUUCAGAUGCUGCCAACCAUUAACCCGUCAUUAAGUUUUGCAAAGUGAGGGAUGAAGUGACUGGUUGUUGUCAUGUUCAUCCACAUGCAUCCUUUAAAGACCAUUGAUUCCCUUCAUGUAAAUGCACUACCGCCGCAGAUCUAUGAGGCCGUGGUGUGGCAGGAAGGAAAGGACUGACGGGUCAUUAUUGGGUCAGCCUUCCAGCUCUGCAGCCCGGUGCUCCUUCACUUCAUCUGCAGUGGCUUUAUGUUCACCCACAAAAGGGAAGUGUCCUCAAUGCCUUCCCCAAGCCCUCUCCUCAACCCCUGACCUGAUUAUGUAGCGCAACUUCCUGAAUUGCAAUGACAAAUAGAGAAAAACACUUGUAGAUCUAGAGAGCAAAUAAGUCUAAUUUGUUUUGUUUUUGAAUGAUUUCUGUUGUUGUUUGGCGAUGCCACAGCCCACAAAGUGGGCGUUAGUCUUGAGAGUUUUGAAAUCUGCCUUUCUUCUGUGGUCUUUGCUUGAAGCUGUAGACCAACUUGUCCACGCUCUCUAAAUAUUGUUGGACGUAAAAAAAAUAGUCAAGGACCCUUUGAAUUGCACUGUGGUAAGAGCAACCAAGCACCUUCGAAGAGGGCUUCAGAUCCUCCAAAAGAGAAAAAUAAGAGACUCUUGGCACCUUUUUCUAAAGACAGUUAUUGAUUGAGAGACUUGAGGAUGCCCAGCGCUUUGUGACCGACUGGUGGUUUCGGUUUGUUGCAGUAUGGUGCUACUAUAUGUUAAAAAAAUUGUAAAAAGCAAUGCAAACCUGCGAGGAGACAUCAGGCAGUAACUGCUGACUGGGUUUUGGCCUGCGAGCACGUCCUGUUGUAAUAGGCAGUUUGUUUGCAUAAUGACGCCUUUCUAAAGUGCCUGGAGCUUAAAGCCACAGGGACCUGUGUUAUUAUGCCUGAUCUCAAAUCCAAUUACAAGGUAACCCAUGACUACUGCUCCAAGCUCGGCCUCGCUUCACUUUAGUUGGAAGGAAAAAAAAACUGCAGGCUGUGUAGGAUAUCAUCACUGAUUCAGCUGAAAAAAAGUGAGCCAAAAUAUUUUCCUUACAGAUUGAACCUACACAUGGAAACAGAAGCUGGUUUCUGUGAACAUCAUCUCUGGGAAACAUACAUGGAGGAGUGACUGUUAGCUGAGCUGAACCCUUUUGUUCUUCAGCCUUGACAAGCUCCCAUCUGGGCUGCAUUCCAAAGCUGCUGUUCUAUAACACACUGUUCUCCUCCUAUGGAAGAUCCAUUUCCUGUUUGGCCCAGGAGAGGAGGAGUUGACCUUGAACCUUCACGUCCUGGAGGUCUUGCUUGCGGUCAUUUUGAAAGCUGUGGAGUGCUGGGGUGUUUAGUGGUGCUCCGGUUUCAGUAUCCUUUUCAUUCUGGGAAGUGUUGCUCAUAAGCAUGAAGCUGUACUGUAAACAGAGGAUUCCUGUCGCUCAGCUGGAAUGGUUUUACCGUGGAAGUCUGCUGCUGGUGAACGGAGCUUUUAAGCUCUGAUGCCAAACACCGAUAGUCUGCGGCUUCACAAAAAAAUAAAGAUGCAGCAGCAGGAGGCUCUGGUGUCACUGCGGCCUCUUAAGCGUUACCACAGAAACCCCAUCAGGGUUUCAUGCGAUCAUUUUACAGAGGAGAAAGAUGGAUGAUCGAGGACAAACUCAUUACUGUCAGCCUGUUUGGUUAAAGGUGUGCGCUACACUUUCUCUGCUGCUUACCUCCCUCCUCCCACUUUGUCUUGAGGGUUAGGAAGCUGGCGGCGCUGCCAGCCGAGUCACAGGAUCUCAUGCUGGCGGCGGCUCGUGCAAAAAAAAAAAAAAGAGACGAAACAACAGAAAACAACUGUACAUAUCAUCGAGGUUUAAAAUGUUGUACAACCCAUCUGUCAUGUCAGACGAAGGCGACGGGUUUAAGAGAGAUUCCCCUUUGAUUUCACAAGUUUAUCCAGAUAUUUUCCUUCCUCCAAAGCGGUGUUAUGUAACGCAAAACACCAUCUGCUGUGUACAUUCAUCUAUAUGCCAAGAACUGAACUGAAGCGAAAACUGUUGUGACACAGUGAAUUCCUGCCUCAGAUCCAAACAGCAAACAAGACAUGACGGCAGAUUUAAUGCAACUUGUGAGCUCAUACACGAGCUUUAAUUGAUACUGUAGCAUUCACCCCUUUUCAAAAAACAUACAUUGACACUUUUGAGUCAAUGUGGAAUAUCCCUUUAACUGUAAAGCUUUAAUGGGGAGUGGCCAGUCUUGGCAAGGUCACUUGUCUCUGCUCACAUUCCUGAUUCAGUUUCCCAGAAAGUCUCUAUUUAUGUGCACCUGGAAGCAGGAGGCAGGAAAUGAAAUGACCCAAAGACAUCAGCUGUUGGGUCACUUCUCUGUAGCUGUUUUCCUGAUCCUGGCUCAGGCCAACCAAGGAACAGCUGAGGUUUCAAGAACACAAAACUAAUUCUCUCAGCUUACAAAUUUGGCCAGCUCUGACCUAAUAUGGAUGAUGACUCUGCAUAAACUGGACGAUUCUUAUCUGAGUUGCUUCCUUGUUGGGUGUCACCGUCUGCUGGAGACACAGAGAAGUAAACAAUUGGUCUCUGAUGUGGCCAUUGGGAUUUUCUGAGAAAGUGAAAGUUUGUUGGAAAGGGGAAGUUUUGUAUUGAUCUCUAUCUUCAUGGUAAAAGCUGCUGAAGGGACAGUGAUAGGUGGAAGCUGUACACCAACAGAACAGAUUUAACUCACAAUCUACUCCGGAUGUCAGGUAUAUUAGGGAGGAUGCUAAUGAAAACAUCUGGCAACAACAAAAGCACUCAGAGCACAGUACUCCUCCAAGGCUGCUCAUUCCCCCAUAUGGCAUUGUCAGAAAUGAAGCAUUUUUUUUAAAAGAAAUGCAGCAUUUGUUUUUAGUUAUUGAUGAUCAGAAAUCACAGCAGCAUAGAAUGUGUCCAUUUAAUAUAGACGUACCCACAAACAAAAUGACCUUGCGCUGAGCACAGGCGUGUGUUAUGCAUGUGUAUGUUAUGUACGGAUACCGAAUGACAUGACUAAAUAUGUAGCGGGCGGCGGGAACUGAUGGGACUCAGAAACGCCCCCACAAUUUAAUCUAUUGUUCCUUGUAUCAUUUCUGAUGGAUAAGUCCCGAUAAGUCCACAGCGGUGGAUUUGUAGUUGGAUCACAAUCGUGUCAACAGGCAGCUGACAUAGUGUUCACUUGUUGUCAUAGUUACAGUGACGCUGUGCUGCUAUCUCACAAUGAUACAGAAAUCUUUAACAAAUCUGUGGAUCCAGACUAUAAGCCGCAUCACUGCCAAAAUGUAAUCACUUGGUCCUUGUGUCAUUUCUGACCAUCUCUGAGAAUUUCAUCCAAAUCAGUUAUUCCGUUUUUGAGUAAUGUUGCGAACAGACAGACAAACUAAUGCCAAUCGUCACAUAAUAAUGAAAGGACAGCAGCUUCCAUUACUUCCUGUGUGCAAAUGCCCACUGGAUGCAUGAUAGAACAGCUCAUACUGGUUGUGAUUGCCUUGUGAAACCUGACGUUUGACAGUGCUUGGAUUCAUUGAAAGCUGACAUAAAUUUCACAUUUAAUGAUGCAUUACUGAAUUUGAGAAGGGUUCUUCUUCUCUCGCUGCACAUUAUUUCAGAAAUACGGAUUAAAAAUGAGUAAAAGAUGGUAUGCUGCUGCGUGCCGUAAUUACGACGAGAAUUGCAUCUGCAGAACAAAAUAAAAUCACUGCAAAUGUCUAUUCAAUAUGCUUUUAAAACACAGUAAAAAAUGUAAUUGAUAUUGAGGAAAAUAGCUGCUGAAGGACAUACUGCUCUGAAGUGCUCUGCUUUAAAAGGCCUCCAGUGGAUAUUUGAAGUGCAAAGACAUGAUGAAAUUAUUCAACAGCAAUUCUGAUCAUCAAAAAGGUAAUUUAACAAGCAAAUAGUCCAGCUUCUGUGGACAGGAUUUGCUGCCGUUCUCCAUUUACAUCUGUGUAAAUUGAAUAUCUGUGGAAGGUUCUUAAUUUGGCUCUCAUUUUCUACAAUUUUCAGACAUUUUCUAGACUGAAUAAUCAAUAGAUGAGUAGACUGUGAGCAUCCUGGCUGGCUUGAAAGAUUUGACAUUUGACUGAAAGAUGCAUUGUGCCCAUGCUGAUAUGUUUGGGGUAACUGCUUGGAGACGGUGUCGGAGGCAGAAACGGUUCACUUUCCCCAGCUUUCAUGGUGGGUUUUUGGUCGAGGCGCUGAGGCGUGGUGGGCCUGGCGGGGCUGAAUAGACCCAUCAGUAAGCCUACACUGGUGGGACGCCGCUGACCUGCGGGUGCCCGUCCCCACUCUGCUCCAGUGCUCACAUUGUUGGAGACACUCAGGCUUCUCUGGUUUCAAAGGCGAAGGGCCUCCAGGCAGAGGAGGCCGGGGAAGCAGCACUUAGCCGGGGCCCCUGAGUAGUUUAUCCAAAACCUUUUAAUCCCCACCGCCCCCUCCACCUCCACCCACUGUCGCUCUCUGACAGCUGCAGAGGAGGACUUCAGUCGCUGCACCUCCAUGCCCUCGCCUCCUUUGUCACUGAUCUGGAAACCUCCAUCUGAUGGGGGUAAGGUGUCAGCUUAGAACCUGCGGUUCGAUGGUUGGGUUUGCGGCUAGCUCCACUUAGCACCUCUCAUGCUUUAUCAUUACGUUUAAAUCACAGAGCUUAACAUCUGCCUCUGCAGAAGAUUAAAAGCCCACAAGGUUGCUUACAGACCCUGAAAACCCAUUUCCUUAAUCAGCUUCUUGCUAAGAACAACAUGGGUGCACCAUGUUCUGCCAAAUUUAGAGCAGUUUAAUUAUAUUACGAGAGAUUAUACUAUACAGUGGGAUAGAAAAGGCUGGAUCGAUGCAUCACCAGUGAAAAGCAUUAAUUGAGAUAAACAAACCUAAUUACAUUUUGUCCAGGAAGCAAGAUACCAUAGUUUAAAUGUUUAAGGGAUUAGGGGAAUAUUUUUUUUCAUUUUCUUGCCAAGAGUUAUAUAAGAAGGUUGAUGCUGCUCUCAUAUUUCCCAUUGAAGUUACAGCCAGCAGCCAGUUAGCUUAGCUUUGACUAGAAACCAAAAUCUGCCCACUAGCACCUCUGGAUCUCAUUAGUUGAUGCGCUGUAUUUCAUUUGUGUAAUCUUACAAAAUAGAAGUGUAACCUACACAUGCACUACUGUUCAAAACUUUGGGGUCACUUAGAAAUGUCCUUAUUUUUGAAAGAAAAGCAGGUUUUUUUAAAUGAAGACAACAAUAAACUAAUCAGAAAUCCAGUCUAGACAUUGUUAAUGUGGUAAAUGACUAUUCUAGCUGGAAACAGCUGAUUUUUAAUGGAAUAUCUACAUAGGGGUACAGAGGAACAUUUCCAGCAACCAUCACUCCUGUGUUCUAAUGCUACAUUGUGUUAGCUAAUGGUGUUGAAAGGCUAAUUAAGGAUUAGAAAACCCUUGUGCAAUUAUGUUAGCAGGAAAACCUGAAAUUUUCUGGGUGACCCCAAACUUCUGAGCGGUAGUGUAUUCACAUACACUUAAUCUUUCACCCUAGCAGUCUGUGGAUAUUUGCAUGUCGGUAGCAGCCCAUGGGUGAACAGUGGGAGGCCAGAGAUCUGAAACACAGAUGCUUAGUUCUUUAUUGCAGAUGUAAUGAUGAUAAACUGGCAGCUGAGACGCACCUCAUGGCUUUAACCAAAACCAAGUCAGUCGUUUCUGUCCAGAUUCGAAACCAAAGGCCGGUCGUUGACAUGAGCAGCAAAAGAAAAAGUCUCACUAGAUAUGAAACGAUACUUUGGUAUCCGAAAGAGAAAUCCUGUGGCGAGAGUAAAGACUGAAUAAUCACAUCCCCGCUGGUUCUUUAAUCUGUCUGAAAACACGCUGAAUGACGGGAAGAAAGGAAAACCAAGAGACGAGCAAACAUUCCACAAUGCCAUGUCAUAUACUGUACAGCAAUCCUUUCUCCUCCUCCCUUUUCCUCCCCCUCUGUCUGUCUCUCAGUAACCCAGUAAUCACAAUACUACAGUACUACUUUGGACCUGUUAACACAUUAACACAUCUUUAUGUACAACUCCUUUGUCAGUAAGUAACCUUUAAGAAAAUAAUACAAAAACAAAAAAAAAUACAAGAAGUGCCGUACAAAUAGAAGCCUAAUAUUUUUUGUUUUUGUUUUGUGUGAGUGUACUGUACACCUGUAUAAUGUAUAUUUUAAUAUUUAUAUGCAGCUGUUGUAUUAAAGUAUAUUUUUAAAAUAAAA